UAAAUAUACACACGAAUCGUUUGACUUAUAAUUCUUAUAUUCUAUUUACAAAAAUAUAUUUGUUAUUAUAAUGAUUUAUCAAUUAUUAAUUUUAUCAUCAAUAAUUAAUUUUUUAACUUCAUCAGCCGUCAAUCAACAUAUCAAUCAUCGAAAUGAAUGGAAUAUAACACACUACAAACAACUUAAAUAUCGAUACAAUCAUUUUAUUUCAAAUCAAAAUCCAGCUAAUCCUUCAUGUUUUGGUUGUAAAGCUGCUGUAUGGAUGGCUAAAACAUUUGUUUUCGGUAGUAAACAAUUUGUUCAUCAACAUAUUGAAGUGACUUGUACAAAUUUAAAAAAUAUUUAUCAACCAUGUAAAAGAAUAUUAACUGAAUAUCUUGAUUACGGCUAUGAUUUAAUAUAUAAAUACAGUUCGGCUGAUCUAUGUGCACUUGCUGGAAUAUGCACCAAUCCACCGAAAAUUAACUUUUGUCCACUUUGUUUAAUGAGUGUAGCAGAAAGUAAAAACAUUUUAUUAUCUGAUUCAUUGUUAUUCGAAUUACAAUCUGUAUUUGUACAUGUAUGUGAUUAUGUAAGCUUACAAGUACCAUGUUCCGCAUUUCUGAAUGAACUUUAUGAAAAAACUGUGGAUAUCAUGAAAAGUAUUGUAGAACCACCAUUCAUUUGUCAGCUGGCUUCUAUAUGUAAUGCAACUUAUGUGGAGAAACUAAAUUACCCAUGAAAUUUCAUAAAAAAAAGGAACAUGUUUUCUGUUAUUAAAAGGAAACAACUGUUAUUACUGUUUUGGUAUCACCAAAAUGAAGUAAAUGAUAAAAAUUAUAGAUAUUUUAAAUAUUCAUUGUUUUGAUAUAAUUGAUAAAC